AUGGAUAUUGUUAAACAAUGUAAAAAUUUACUGUUAUUCAUCAAAAGAAUCAGAAAGAUAGUUUUUGAUAAAUUCACAGCUAAAGACAAAGAAAUUUGGGUGAAACGCUUAACGAAACAAAUCAAAACUUGUAAUAAAGAAAGGGACUCCGGUUUUGCAUUAAAUAGAAUUGUAUCUUUAGAAGUAAAUAUUAAUCGAUAUGAAAUUGGAAAUGGUUCCUCGUAUAUUAAACUUCCUGAGAGUAUUCAAAAAAAGCGUGCUUGUAUUAAUGUAAAAAAUUCUGAUCAAGCAUGUUUUUAUUGGGCAAUAGUUAGUGCCCUCUAUCCAGCUAAAGCACAUAAAGAACUCCCAUCCUCAUACCCAUGGUACAGUACAGUACUAAAAACAGAAGACCUAGAGGCACCAAUGCCGUUACAUCAAAUUUCAAAAUUUGAAAAAUUAAAUAAUAUAUCAGUCAAUGUAUUUGCUUUAGAAUUAAUAGAAAAUAAUGAAAAGUCAUUUUUCACAGUAUAUCCAGCUAGAUUAACUAAAACAGUCGUUGCCAAACAUGUAAAUCUUCUUUUAAUUCAGAAUCACUAUUUUCCUAAAUUAAACGAUUAUGAAGCACCUCCAGUGGAUAAUGAUAAUUCAGAAAUUAAGUACCACUACUGCCACAUUACGGAUAUGUCUAAAUUAGUUGCUGGUCAAUUAAAUAAAAGAAAGGCCAAAUUAUUUCUUUGCAAUAGAUGCUUAAAUUAUUUUUCAACUGAAGGGAAAUUGUCGGAACAUGAAAAAAUGUGUGCAGAUAUGAAUAAUUGUAAAAUGUCUUUUCCUAAAUAUGAUGCUGUUAGUUUUAAAAAUUAUACUUAUAAACAAACAACGCCAUUUGUCAUAUAUGCAGAUUUUGAGUGCAUGUUAGAAAAAGUUACAGACCUCCAAACAUCCUGUUGUACUAAAAAAUAUCAAAAACAUAUUCCGUAUAGUGCUGGAUACUAUGUAAAAUGUAGCUAUGAUGAAAAGUUGUCUUUUUUUAAGAGUUAUAGAGGCAUUGACUGCAUGGAGUGGUUUGCUAAUGAAUUACCAAAUUUAGCUCAAAGUAUUCAUUCGAAAAUUAAGAAAAUUAUACCAAUGCAGGAAAACCCGAGUACCAAGUUAAGCAAAAAAGGAGAUAUUAGUCUACUUCCAGUCAAUAAAGAAAAAUACAUUUCAUUUACACUUAACGAUGCUGUUACUAAUAUAAAAUUUCGAUUUAUUGAUUCAUUAAGAUUUUUAGGAGCCUCUUUAGAUGAAUUGGUCUCAACAUUAAAUAAAAAUGACUUUAAAAUUUGCAAGCGAGAAUUUAGCAGGUUAAGUGACGAUGAAUUUAAAUUAAUAACUAAAAAAGGGGUAUUUUGCUAUGAUUUUAUUGAUUCUUGGGAAAAAUUAAACAUUACCGAUUUACCUCCAAUAGAGGCAUUUUAUAAUAAGCUAAACGAUACGAAUCUUACAGAUGAGAAGUAUGCUCAUGCUAAAAUAGUUUGGGAUACCUUUAACAUUGAAAAUUUAGGUCAAUAUUCAGAUUUGUACUUAAAAACCGAUAUUGUGCUUUUAGCAGAUGUUUUUGAAACUUUCCGCAAAAAAUGUUUUAUAACUUAUGGGUUAGAUCCAGCCUGGUACUACACAAUGCCCGGUUAUUCUUGGGAUUGUAUGUUGAAAUACGUGGGGUGUAACCUCGAGUUAUUGCGUGACGUUGACAUGAUACUAUUUAUGGAGAAAGCAAUUCGUGGAGGAAUUUCAGUAUGUAGCGGUAGAAUGUCGGAGGCCAAUAAUAAGUACAUGUCUAAUUAUGACCCCGCACAGCCCUCAAAAUACUUAAUGUAUUUUGAUGUCAAUAAUUUAUAUGGGUGGGCUAUGGGAGAACCCUUACCCUACGGAGGGUUCGAAUGGAUGGAUGCCAAAGACAUUGAUGUUAUGUCUGUACCUGAUGACUCUCCCGUAGGGUACAUGUUACAAGUUGACUUGGACUAUCCUCGCCAAUUACAUGAUCUGCACUCAGAUUUUCCAUUCGCUGCCGAACACCGCAAAGCUUUGGGUUCAAAUCAUACUAAACUAAUGACAACACUUUAUAAUAAAAAAGAAUAUAUCCAGUCUGCGUGGCUGCGACCCUACAUAGAAUUAAAUACUCGACUUAGAGCUGCAGCUACGAACGAUUUUGGAAGAAAUUUAUACAAAUUGGCCAAUAAUAGUGUAUUUGGAAAGACUAUGGAGAAUAUAAGGAAACAUAGAAUAGUAAAACUAGUCAGAUCAUGGAAUGGGCGAUAUGGUGCUAAAAAUUUAAUUUCUAGUGCCAGGUUUCAUAGCAGAAAGAUAUUUAAUGAAAAUUUAGUAGCUAUAGAACUGAUUAAAUCAGAUCUAGUUUUUAAUAAACCCUUAUACAUUGGCAUGACUGUUUUAGAUAUAUCAAAAUUAUGUAUGUACCAAUUUCAUUACGACUAUAUGCUUCCAAAAUUGGGCGCAGAUAAAUGUAAUUUAAUGUAUAUGGAUACCGAUAGCUUUAUUUAUGAACUGUACUGUCAUGAUGCAUAUGAGGAAGUAAUAAAACAAGAUCUAUCAAAAUUUGAUACAUCCGAUUACGCUGUAGAUAAUAUCUAUAAUAUUCCUCGCGUAAAUAAAAAAGUUUUAGGAGUAAUGAAAGAUGAAAAUAAAGGAGAAAUUAUGACAAAAUUUGUGGGAUUACGAUCAAAAAUGUAUACUUUUAAAGUUCAAUCUGGUCGAAUCACUAAAAAAGCAAAAGGGACUAAAUAUAAUAUAGUAAAAAAUGUUAUAAAAUUCGAUGAUUAUGUAAACUGUUUAAAUGAUUUUAAGGAACAAACUGCUACUCAACACUCCAUUCGGUCAUAUAGCCAUAACGUCUAUAGUAUAGAACAAACAAAAAUUGCGCUAAGUCCUUAUGACGAUAAAAGAUAUUUAAUUCCAAAUAGUUUUAGAACCCUACCAUUGGGACAUUACAGUAUUUUAGAAUAG